AUGGAUAGAGUCGAGGUUCAUAAACAUUUUCAAGGCGAAGUCGACAAGCUCAAGGUAGAAGAAAUUGACAACACCAACCCUGAAUACGAAGAGAAUAUUCGCAAACGAAUCGCAGCCAUUGUUCGCUACGCCAUUUUUUCUCACCGAUGGGUCAUAGGCGAGCCCACAUUUACCAACAUGAUGGGGGGAAUACCUCUGGAGCUCAAGAAAGAGAGCGGAUACAUUAAUCUGGAAAAGUUCUGCGGAAGGGCUCACUCAAUGGGGUAUAGUUUUGCGUGGUCGGACUCCUGCUGCAUCGAUAAACACAGGAGCUCAGAGCUAGAUGAAGCUAUACGAUCGAUGUUCAGAUGGUAUCGCCACUCGCAUAUUUGCAUUGCGUACCUUGGUCAAACACACAGCAUUGAAGAUAUGGGUCAAGAUCAAUGGUUUAAACGAGCCUGGACCCUACAGGAGCUCAUAGCCCCACUACACCUCAAAUUCUACACAGCAGAUUGGAAAGAGUUAUGCCCCGGACAGCCAAACGACAAAGUUCCUGGGCAACUCUUGACCAAGCUGUCUACCAUCACUACUAUCCCAGAGCACGAUAUUACCGACUUCUCUCCUGGAACGGAUAGGAUCAGUGAGAAGAUGUCUUGGGCCGGUACGCGGCGGACCACCCACGUUGAGGACGUUGCAUACAGCCUUAUCGGGAUCUUUGACGUUAGCCUCGUGAUCGCGUAUGGAGAGGGACGACACGCGUUCUUCCGUCUCAUGGAAGCCAUCAUCCAGCGGUGCAAUCACUGGGACAUAUUCGCGUGGAAA